AUGUCUGACCAGUCCAUACUUCGCAUCACUCGGGAAAUCAGGCAUAUCCAACACAACGCAGAUCUUUCUCUCGCCGUGGCGUAUAAGGAUUCUGAUAUUCGCAAUGUGACCGCUAUUGUGUUGGGAACCCCUGGGACACCUUACCAGUUCGGUCUCUUUGAGUUUAGCAUCAGUUUUGGCAAAGACUAUCCUGCCACUCCGCCUAUUGUUCAGAUUACGACGACCAAUGGAGGACGAUGCCGUUUCGGUCCUAAUCUCUAUGCUGGGGGUAAGGUUUGCUUUACCUGGGGUGGCCAGCGCGGGGAGGAAUGGUCGUCAGCUCAAGGACUGGAGUCCAUUCUGAUCUCCAUUCAGAGCCUCAUGUCGAACAAUCCUUAUGAGAAUGAGCCUGGAUACCAAGGGGCACAUGCACCCGAGGAUCAGGAAAACAGCCAGGCUUAUAUUGAAAAGAUACUUAUCCAACCCUUGGAAUCAUCACUGGGCAUUCAGUCGGACGGAACAGUCAUGCCAUCCGAGAGCAAGAAUAUAGGCGAGGAUGAUGACUGUGAUGACUCGUUCGAUGACGAAGACGGCACUUUCUUCGAGCCCUUUGCGGAUCUUCGCAAGAGGCGCUUCUUAUGGUACUUUGACUCCUACAUGCAGGCGAUCAAAGAAGCAGAACCACAGGUGAGACGCCGCCAGAGAUUCGAAACCAUGCCUUUUGAGACCGAAGAUAAUUGCAUGAGGGGCCAUUUUAAUUAUCCCGAAUUGAGACGACGACUCAUCCGCGUAAAGGAAGCCAUCCUCAAAGAGACGCACAAUUGGCCAAUAGAAGGUCUCGAGGCGAAAAAGCAGGAGGCUAGCCUUGCGGUGAGCCUGCAAAGUCAGUACGAGCAGAUCGUUGAGGAUUUCAAGCAUCGCCACAAUUUCACAGUGGACCUGGGCCUCGUCCACGAAAACCCGUUCCUCUGGGUAUUGAUCUACUUUGGUCGCCCCAUGACGCAGCUUGAUGGUGGUGUGUUUAAGAUCAAAAUCUAUCUGAGUCCACGAUUCCCGGAAGAGCAACCCCGUGUCGUCGUUGAACCAGAACUCUUCCACUACCGGGUGUCUAAGGAUGGAACGUUGUGCUAUUUCCCAAAACGCACUGAGGAAAUGCGCCAUCACAUCGAGGCAAUCGUGGAAGCACUUGAAGAGGAGUCAGCACCUUACGAUCCGCGGACAACCGUGAACCCAGAAGCAUCCAAGUUGUUCUGGGGUAGCCCUGAGGAUCGAAAGAACUACAACCGUGCACUCCGUCGCUCGGUACAGAAGAGCGUAGAGUGA